AUGCCUUCAGGUGCAAAGAAGAGAAAAGCCGCCAAGAAAAAGAAGGAGAUAAAAUCCUCUACUUCCUCCAACAACCCUCAAGGGGAGAAUGAAUUGAAGUCGAUAGAUGAGAAAGGAAGUGAUGGCGGAGAAGGUGAUUCUCCUAGGAAUCAUGAUGAGGAUCAUAAUCAGUUCAAUGAAGGUAGUGAUGAGGUGGAGGAAAUUGAACCAUUGGCUGCUGGUGUUAAGUCCGAGGAAGAAGUUCAGAAGGAUAGUAAGGUGGAUGAAGGUGAGGGAGGAAAGGAGAGUGUUGAUGUGAUAGAAUGGGAUAUGAAAUCUGAUGAGAGUAGUGAGAACAAAGAUGUUAGUGUUGUGCGAAUUAAGUCUGAUGAGGGAUUGAAUAAUGGGAGUAGGAAUUCGGGCGGUUCUAAUGAGGUAAUUGAAACCGGUACUGGGAAGAAUGCAAAGGAUGAGUCAUAUGAUAACUCAGUAAAAGAGACAGCUGCAUUUGAUAAGGAGCCUGUUAGUUUGGUAAAGGGGAGUGUUAAUUCAGCGGCUGAAUCUUCUGCUGGUUCGGUUAAUGGUGUCAACUCUGUCUCUGAGAUGCAAAGUGGAGAUGCUGGAAAUAAUUUACUUGAGAAAUCAUUGGGCUCUCAAGGAGCGGAAACUGAUCUUGCCGUGAAGAGAAAUGAGGACAAAGUGCGUGUCUUACCUGAUGAGAAUGUUAAAACAUUAAGUUUGGAAGAACCUGAGCCAAGGGAAUUCGACGGUAAAGUAUCAUCAUCACCAGCGUCUCAAGGAGCGGAAACUGAUCUUGCCGUGAAGAGAAAUGAGGACAAAGUGCAUGUCUUACCUGAUGAGAAUGUUAAAACAUUAAGUUUGGAAGAACCUGAGCCAAGGGAAUUUGACGGUAAAGUAUCAUCAUCACCAGCGUCUCAAGGAGCGGAAACUGAUCUUGCCGUGAAGAGAAUUGAGGAUAAAGCACAUGUCUUACCUGAUGAGAAUGUUAAAACAUCAAGUUUGGGAGAACAUGAGACAAGGGAAUUCGAGGAUAAAGUAUCAUCAUCACCAGUGUCUCAAGGAGUGGAAACUGAUCUCACCGUGAAGAGAAAUGAGGAUAAAGUACAUAUCUUACCUGAUGAGAAUGUUAAAACAUUAAUUAUAGAAGAAUCUGAGACAAGGGAAUUCGACGGUAAAGUAUCAUCAUCACCGGUGUCUCAAGGUCCUAUCACGGAAUCUACUAAUGGUGUAGAACGUGUUAAAGAUUCCAACACUGCAGAAUGCUCUGAAAAUCAGUCUCCGGUAGCAUCAGCUCCACAUAUUGUGCAAAAAACAUCCUGGUUGAGUUGCUGUGGUUUGUUUGAAGCGCUGUCACGCUCUAACAGAUAA